AUUUUGUUAGUGCGUGUUUAACAAUAACUAAUUAUAUCCCAUAAGUGAAAGCGAAGUCGUAAAAUAUUAAAUAAGAUCAAAUAUUCUUAUAUAAAAUGGAUUCACCGCCUACAGUGGACGAAGUUUUUAAACAAAUUUGUAUGUUGUAUUAUUACUCGGAUUCUGCAGAAAGAGAAAAAGCCGACAAAUGGCUUAUUAAAUAUAAAAAUUCCAUAUAUUCUUGGAGUAUUUCGGAAGAGCUAUUGCAACAGAAACGUGACGAAAAUUCAUGCUUCUUUGCAGCGCAAACAAUUCGAAAUAAGGUUCAAAGUUCCCUUAUGCAACUACCAUCAAACUCGCAUAAAACCUUGAGAGAUUCGUUAAUAAUGCAUAUAACACGUGAAGAGAAUCAACUGGUACUGACACAACUUACUGUAGCAGUUGCAGAUUUAGUAUUAGUGAUGAAUGAGUGGGAAAAUCCUGUAACCGAUUUAUUACAAAUGCUGGCAGAACGUUCUACAUUGUCGUUGUUGGGAAUACUUGCGCGCAUACCGGAAGAAAUCCAGUCGAAAAAUCUACGAUUAGGUAAGAAUAGGAAGCAAGAGGUACACAAACAGUUUAUGGCAAGCACUCCAAAACUACUAGAAUUCUUAUUUGGUUGUUUUUCAACGGUAGACGAAUCAAACGAGAAGCUUUACAACGGUGUUAUGGCCUGCUAUAACUCAUGGCUUGACAUAGAUGUUAUACCACCACAUAUCUUUAUUGAAAAUCCAAUAACAGAACAUAUUUUCCAUAUUUUGUUAGAGCCAGACUCAAAACUAUUUCAUCACGACACAUCAACAGAUUGUUUAUGCAGUUUCCUAAGUUGCUUAGAAGCAGCGUCUAUAGCCAAUAAACUUGAUUCUACGUUAUCUGCAAAAAUAUACAAUAAAAUUUAUUCAUUGAAAACAUCUUACCGUACAACUAUUACUAAAAACCAACGUUACAAAAUGAUGAACUAUUGUCGUAUAUUUACGGUAAUGGCUGAAGCAUACCUAAGUCGAAUGGUAUCAUGUGCUGAAAUUCCUCAUUAUACAAUUGGGGCACUGGACUUACUAUUGAUGUGCGAUGACUACUCUGAUUAUGAAGUCUGCGAGAUAACUUUAAAUUUUUGGUAUAGUUUAGGUGAAGAAUUAUUGCGCCAAAACAACAAUAAACUCACCAUGCAAUUUAAACCAUACGUUGACCGCCUAAUGGUAGUCUUGUACAAGCACGCGCAAAUAGAUUAUUGCACUGAUGGUUUGAUUAAUAGAAAUGACGAUUUUGGAUAUUUUCGCAGUAAAGUUGCUGAUCUAAUAAGAGAUAUGAUGUUUAUUGUUGGAUCAAAUAGGUGUUUUAAUAAAAUGUAUGAAAUUCUAACCGAUACAGAUUCUAUUUGGAUUGAAACAGAAUCCGCUUUAUUUGUUAUGCAAAUUGCAGCAAAGAAUCUUGUAUAUGAUGAAAACGACACAGUGCAAAAAGUGAUUGAAGCUAUUUUGAAUAUGCCAGAGCACUGUCAUAUUGCAUUACGCCACACCUCAAUUACGCUAUUGGGAGAAUUAUCCUCCUGGAUAGACAAUCAUUCCGAUAUAUUGGAAACAAUAUUAAACUUUCUCAAUUACUUCAUACAACAAAAUACAGAUUUGGUUCCUGCAGCGAUAACGGCAUUAACAUUGAUUUGUGCAACCUCCAAACAAAAAAUGAUCAAAUACUUGAAUGAACUAAUGGUCAUAGCUAAAUAUUUGGAUAUAUUAAAUGUGAGCACAGAAUUAGCAAUUGAUUUAUUAAAAAGUUUCGCACUUGUUGUUUCAUGCCUACCACGGCAGCAUCUAGAAAUUGCUUUACGAGAAAUAGUAUCAUUUCAGCUACAACCCCUUGCGCUAUUAGUAGAGGAUCCUAACGCAACACCAGAGAGCAUACCACAAAAUAAGCGUAGCGAUCCCAUUUAUUGGAUUGAUUGUGUUUGUGUUAUCAUACAGUAUACCGUAUCAAAUAUAUUCCCUAUUGAAGUACAUCCUAGUAAACAACUCUUAAUAGAAUUAUGGCCACUGUUAUCAAGUAUAUUAAACAAGUAUCAAUCAAAUGUGCGCAUAAUGGAACGUACGUGUCGUCUAUUGAAGUACAGUAUACGCAUAUUGCACAAGCAAGUAGCUCCAUUAGUUGAACCAUUGGUGAAGCAUAUGGUCAACUUGUAUAGCAUCCAACAUCAUAGUUGUUUUCUAUAUCUAGCUUCAGUUCUUGUUAGUGAAUUUGCAAAUAUCAAGGAAUACACUUCGGGAUUAUUGGAAAUGGUGCAAGCGUUUAUUGAUCCUACAGUCUUCAUGCUUCGAGAAGAAAAUGGUUUAGAGAACAAUUCGGAUAUAGUCGAUGACUUUUUCCGCCUAUGCUCCCGUUUUAUAGACAGCAGUCCAGUAUCAUUCCUUCAAAGCAAAUUUGUAACGUACGUUUUUCAAUGUGCAAUACAUUCCUGUAUUAUUGAUCACCGAGAAGCGAAUUUUUCAGUUAUGAAUUUUCUUGGUAAUCUGCUAAAAUAUGGUCGCACUACGAAAUUCGAAUUAACUGAGUGCCGACCAAUAGUUAAAGAUAUUGCAGAACAAAAUGGUGAAUCUUUAGUUGUAAAUCUACUAAAUGCUUCCGUAUUUCAUCUUGAUAAGUACAUGCUACCAGAUGUCGCUGAAGUGUUUUACGAAUUAAAAAUUGUAUUAACCGAAAAGGUAUUGAAAGAAUUUCUUAUUAAAGCACUUAAUAUGUUGCCAAAAGUAAGUUGCUAUGGCUUAAUAACCGCCAGACAAGAACAGUUGGAUGAUUUCGUCAACACAGUAUUAACUGGAAAUUCAGCUAAAGCAAUUUCUGAUGCGUUGAGGGAAUUUGCACUUUUAUAUCGUUAAUGAUCAAUCCAAGAUUGAAAUGGAAACUGCUGUAUUGAAGUGUUUGUUUGAUUAUACGCAGUUUUAUUUAUGGAUUGAAGUUUAUCCAGUUAACUUUUAAUGGAGACUUAUUCAUAUUUCUUUUACAAGGAAUAAAUUAAAAACUAAGUUGUGCAGCUCUUUGCGGUUCUAUUGUCUAUACUAAACAAGACUAAUAUCUGAA